GGUGGUGCUAGUGGUGCAGAUGUGGGGGUGGUGCAUAUACAGGGUAUUUGAGUUAUUGGCAACAUGUAUUUCGCUGCUUGGUCACACAACGUUAUCUCGAACGCUGUCAAUCUCUCUAACGAUCUGAAGAUGGGAGAAUAUUUGAAAAUCCCUCCUAGAGUCAUGUUCCUGACGCAGGUGUACGGGACAAUUCUAGGUGGAUUCAUCAACUAUGCUGUCAUGAUUUCCAUAAUCAAUGGAAAUCGUGAGCUCCUUGCGAACAGCAACGGUGACAGCUCUUGGAGUGGUGCUUAUAUGCAGUCAUAUAACACCAAUGCCACUUCUUGGGCACUUGCCAAGUAUCUUUACAAGACUGGCGGCAAAUACUCACUUGUGCCCAUUGGCCUAGGUAUCGGUUUUGGUAUUGUCAUCGUCCAUCGUAUCAUCGCAUAUGUGGGUAAACUCAAUAUCUUUCCAACCUAUUACGGCUGUUGGCCUUAG